UUAAAUAAGAAGAAGAUGUCUCUGAGACUGACUGGGGUCACAUGCAAUAAUUAGCUUGGUACGUGAAGACAACGUCAAUAAAGCUGAAUUUUGACAACAAGUUAUCUCGUAACUAACAGGACUUGCUGAGAAGAACCCACAUCCUUCACCAUGUUCCUCACCAUGGCCCUGCUGAGGAAAGGCAUCUCUGGCAAGCAGUGGAUCGGGAAGUACCGCCGGCAGCGUGCCAUCACCUGGCAGAUGAAACGCAACAUGCUGGUGCACCUGGAGCGCGAGGCGGAGAACGAGUACUGGAUCUCCCGACCGUACAUGACCACAGAGCAGGAGAGAGGACACGCCGCUGAGCGCCGAGCACAGAACUGGCUCAAAAUUAAGGAGACCAAGUUUCAAAAGUUUCCAGAACAUAAGUAUGUUGCAGAUCAUCUAAGUCACCUCAACACGACCAAGACAUGGUCAAGUUAAUGAGGAGGAAGUAUUGACUUUGUGUGGGGAGAUGGAGAUGGGGCAUGCAUGUUGACUGCCAUUUGACUCCUGUGUGUCUUAAUGUAUGUAAUGUAAAUGAACUAUGGAGUGUUGGUAAUUCAAUCUUUAUGAAACAAGAUCAUAUUUGAAAACAA